CACUCUCGGCUUUGCGACAGACGCAAACAAAUAUAACCUCCAUAACCUAGAUUUUAUUUAUCCGCGUUUGAUUUUAAACACGUGCCGUAAUAAUCAUGGAUGGAAGCCUGGAAAAACCUAUCAAAGAAAAGAAGAAAAAGAAGAUAAAGCUAGAAAACUUGGGAGAAAUACAGAAAGAAGGCGAUUUUUCUGUAGAACCGUCUAACAAAUCCGCAAAAUUAGAUACGUCACAAUGGCCAUUGCUAUUGAAACAUUUUGAUCGGUUAAAUGUAAGGACCAAUCAUUAUGUUCCCAUUCCCUGUGGAUCUUCACCGUUAAAGCGUGAUAUAUCGGAAUAUAUCAAAGCGGGCUAUAUCAAUUUAGAUAAGCCCGCGAACCCGAGCAGUCACGAGGUUGUGGCUUGGAUAAAACGCAUACUUAGAGUAGAGAAAACUGGCCAUUCCGGAACUUUAGAUCCUAAAACUACAGGUUGUUUGAUAGUUUGCAUAGAGAGGACUACUAGGUUGGCAAAGUCGCAGCAAGCCGCCGGUAAGGAGUACGUGACUGUAUUCAAAUUGCAUUCACCCGUGGAUUCCAUAAAAAAAGUUAGUCAGGGUUUAGAAAAGCUGAAAGGGGCCUUGUUCCAGAGGCCUCCGCUUAUAUCUGCAGUUAAGAGACAGUUGCGUGUGAGGACGGUCUACGACAGUAAACUGUUAGAUUAUGACGAAACCAGGAAUAUGGGGGUGUUUUGGGUGAGUUGCGAGGCGGGCUCCUACAUCCGUACCAUGUGCGUCCACCUGGGCCUGGUGCUGGGCGUAGGCGGGCAGAUGCUCGAGCUGCGUCGCGUCAGGUCCGGCAUCCAAAGCGAGAUGGAUGACACGUCGACUUUACACGACGUCUUGGAUGCCCAGUACCUAUACGAUAACCAUAAAGACGAGAGUCUACUCAGGAGGGUGAUCAAGCCUCUCGAGGGACUCCUAGUCAGACAUAAAAGGAUCAUUAUGAAAGACAGCUCGGUGAACGCAGUGUGUUACGGUGCUAAAAUCCUCCUGCCCGGCGUCCUGCGGUACGAGGACAACAUCGAACUGAACGAGGAGAUCGUGAUCGUGACGACGAAGGGCGAGGCGAUAGCACUGGCCCUCGCCCAGAUGACGACCGCUACGAUGGCGAGUUGCGAUCACGGUAUAGUGGCGAAGAUAAAGCGGGUGAUCAUGGAGAGGGACACGUACCCCAGGAAGUGGGGGCUCGGCCAGAGGGCCAGCCAGAAGAAGAUACUGAUCGCCAAGGGGCAGUUGGAUAAGUACGGGAAGCCGAACGAGAACACUCCCAAAGAGUGGUUGAAUUGCUAUGUGGAUUAUUCAGUGAAAAACGAGCCUGUAUCUGAGGUGGCGGAGGAGGAAGAGUCGCAUAAGAAGCGUAAAUUGGAUGAAUCCCUCGGUAAUGCGUCUGUAACUAGUCCCGAGGCGUCUCCGGAAAAGAAAAAGAAGAAAAAGAGGAAGAAGACGGAAGAAACGGCUGAAGAGGAGACUUCCGCCGUGGUCGCUACGGGAACGGUCGAGCCUGAGGCAGAGCAACCAGUGAAAGAGAAGAAAAAGAAGAAGAAGAAAGAUAAAGAGAAGAGGGAGGUUGUGGAAGAAAACUAAGUCUUACGAAUGAAGAUAUUUUUAUAGUUUUUGUUAAUUUUUCUUUAAUUUUUAUCAACUCCCUUUUCAUUAAUUUUAAGAAAUAACUGUUCUCUGCAUGCAUUGCAUAUUUCGAGGAAUCAUGAUUUUUUUUAUCUUAAUUAUGCAAUAAAAGGUAAAAAUUA